AUGCAUGUGGCCUUUGGACUGACCCGUGCAGACAUAGGAAGGGUGUGGGAGGUGGGCCCAGGAGAACCAGUGAGGCCCCUCCCAGACAGCUGGACUUUCACUGGGCCAGAGCUGGAGGUGGGGCUGAGGCCAGAACUGGAGGUGGGGCUGGAAGCAGAGCUGGAGGUGGGGCUGAGGCCAGAACUGGAGGUGGGGCUGGAAGCAGAGCUGGAGGUAGGGCUGGAAGCAGAGCUGGAAGUGGGGCUGGGACCAAAGCUGGAGGUGGGGCUGGGGCCAGAAAUAGAAGUGGGGCUGGGACCAGAGCUGGAGGUGGGGCUGGUACCAGAGAUAGAAGUUGGGCUGGGAACAGAGCUGGAGGUGGGGCUGGGACCAGAGCUGGUGGGGCUGGGGACUAGAGAGAUAGAAGUGGGGCUGGGACCAGAGCUGGAGGUGGGGCUGGGGCCAGAGAUAGAGGUGGGGCUGGGACCAGAGCUGGAGGUGGGGCUGGGGCCAGAGAUAGAGGUGGGGCUGGGGCCAGAGAUAGAGGUGGGGCUGGGACCAGAGAUAGAAGUGGGGCUGGGACCAGAGCUGGAGGUGGGGCUGGGACCAGAGAUAGAGGUGGGGCUGGGACCAGAGCUGGAGGUGGGGCUGGGGCCAGAGAUAGAGGUGGGGCUGGGACCAGAGCUGGAGGACCGUCUGUUCCCAGCGGUGCUGAACCUGGCCUCUAUGGCAGAUAUCAGCAGCAACGCUACCUGUGGAGAGACAGGACCAGAGAUGUACUGCAAACUGGUGGAGCACGUCCCCGGACUGCAAGUCAGGAACACCCAGUGCCGUAUCUGUAACAACAACAGCGAGAGGCAAUUUGAGCGCCACCCGAUUGAAUAUGCCAUCGAUGGAACUAACAGAUGGUGGCAGAGCCCCAGCAUUAAGAACGGCAUGGACUACCAUUACGUCACAGUCACUCUGGACUUACAGCAGGUGUUCCAGAUUGCCUAUAUGAUUCUGAAAGCUGCCAACUCCCCCAGGCCAGGUAACUGGGUGCUGGAGCGUUCCCUGGAUGGGGUGACCUUUACCCCCUGGCAGUACUAUGCCAUCACAGACACAGAGUGCCUCACUCGCUUCAACAUCCUUCCCCGCACCGGACCGCCAUCCUACACACGCGACGACGAGGUCAUCUGCACCUCUUUCUACUCCAAAAUCCAACCCCUGGAGAAUGGAGAGAUCCACACCUCUCUGAUCAAUGGAAGGCCGAGCGCUGAUGACCCUUCCCCGACUUUACUGAACUUCACCUCCGCACGCUACAUCCGCCUGCAGUUCCAGCGAAUCAGAACCCUCAACGCCGACCUCAUGACCCUGGCCUUCAACGACCCCCGCGAUGUUGACCCCAUCGUGACCAGGCGGUAUUACUACUCUAUCAAAGACAUCUCAGUUGGAGGGAUGUGUAUCUGCUAUGGCCAUGCUAAAGCCUGCCCUCUGAACAAACAGACCAAGAAAUUCAGCUGUGAGUGUGAACACAACACGUGUGGGGAGAGCUGUGACCGCUGUUGCCCCGGAUACAACCAGAAACCCUGGAUGGCUGGGACCUUCCUCACUCGCCACGUCUGUGAGAAGUGCAACUGCCAUGGGAAAUCUGAGGAGUGUUACUUCAACCAGACAGUGGCAGGCAACAAACAGAGCCUGAACUCCCAGGGGGAGUACGUGGGGGGAGGGGUGUGUGUAGGGUGCACCAGGAACACAGCCGGAGUCAACUGCCAGACCUGUGCUGAUAGCUACUACAGAGCCACUGGGUUGAGUCCAGAGGACUCCGACCCGUGUCAGCCCUGCUCCUGUGACCCAGAAGGUUCUCUGUCCCCAGCAUGUGUUCCAGACCAGUCCCAGGCUGAAGGAGACCUCACGGCUGGAUCCUGCCACUGUAAGCAGGGUUAUGGGGGACAGCAGUGUGACAGGUGUACCUUUGGCUACAGCGGCUACCCCAACUGUAUCCGCUGUAACUGCAGUCUAGACGGAAGCAUAAACAAGGAUCCGUGCCUGCUGCCCUGUGUCUGCAAGCAAAACGUAGAGGGGGAGAACUGCGACCGCUGCAAGCUGGGUUUCUAUCAUCUCCUGGGCGAGCGUCUCCACGGCUGUGAGAAGUGCUACUGUUCCGGCGUGGCGAGUGACUGCUCCGAUUCCCACUGGACAUACCAUAAUGAGACAUCCAUGGCCGGCUGGUCCCUCACAGCAGAGGAUGGGGAGGGGAAGGUGUGGCCUGGCGCCAGCAGAGACAGAGACAGGUCCCAGACACUCAGGAUCGAUAACCAGGAAGCCAGGAGACACCUUCCUGCUAUCUACUACUGGAGCGCACCUGGAGAGUACCUGGGCAACAAGGGCGGCGGGAUAAAAAUGAUUGACAGUCGGUUCGGUCUGCCGGUGUACCCUUUCUCGGAAAGCACAAAGAGAACUCUGCUCUACCCUGACCACUUUGAGAAUCAGGAGACAGGCCUGCCUGUCAGCAAGAGAGAUUUCAUGAUGGCUCUAACUAAUGUGAGCAGCCUCCUCAUCAGAGCCUCACACAGCAAUGAGCGGGUCGCCAUCUACAGGCUCCAUUCUGUCAGUCUGGAGGUGGCCAGUGAGUUCUCCAGCAGUGAGAAGAUGGCCAAUGCUGUGGAGAUGUGUCAAUGUCCUCCUGGAUACGGUGGAACGUCUUGUGAGAUGUGUUCAUCGGGUCAUCGAAGGGUUAACAGCACCAUGUUCAAAGGAGUGUGUGAACCAUGCGACUGCCAAGGCCAUGCCACAGACUGUGAUGACAUCACUGGACAAUGCUUGGGCUGCACUGACCACACCAUUGGAUUCCACUGUGAUGAAUGUAUCACUGGUUUCUAUGGGGACGCUACCAAGGGAACAGCCAAUGACUGCCUGCCCUGCGCCUGCCCCCUCAACAUCCCGUCCAACAAUUUCAGCCCCACGUGCCAUGUGGACCCGCGAGGGGAGCUGAUAUGUGACCGAUGCCAGCCGGGGCACACCGGACCACGCUGUGACAGGUGCUCGAAUGGCUACUUUGGUCAGCCGACGGUUAAGGGGGGCUCAUGCCAGCCCUGCCAGUGUAACGGUAACCUGGACCUGGCCUCACCGCGGAGCUGUGACCCCAUCACCGGCUCCUGCCUGAGGUGUCGGGAUGGCUACGGGGGAACCACCUGCGACACCUGCGCCGAGGGGUUCUACGGGGACGCCAUCGAGGCCAAAAACUGCCAACAUUGCCAGUGUCACAACAAUGGCUCUGUGUCGGAGGUCUGCCACCAGGAGAAUGGGCAAUGCCAAUGCAAGCAGCAUGUGGUGGGACGGCAGUGUGACGAGUGCAUGCCCCAGACUUAUGGCAUUCAGUCCGCUGGAGUCUGUGUCCCCUGCAACUGUAACUCCUUUGGGUCCAAGUCCUUUGACUGUGACGAGUCGGGCCAGUGCCGGUGCCAGCCUGGUGUCACUGGGCCCAAGUGUGACCGAUGCGCUCCAGGACACUUCAACUUCCAGGAGGGUGGCUGCACACCGUGCCAGUGCGCCCAUGUGGCAAAUAAUUGCGAUGCCAACACGGGACAGUGCGUCUGCCCUCCCAACACCGUGGGGGAGAGAUGUGACAAAUGUGCCCCCAAUCACUGGGGUCAUGAUAUCAUGGCGGGCUGCAAGGCCUGUGGCUGUAACCAGGUGGGCUCAAUGACGCAGCAGUGUAACCCCAACACAGGCUGCUGCAUGUGCCGGGACCAGUUCCAGGGAGAGAAGUGCAGCGAGUGUAAGCUGGGCUACCGGGACUUCCCACAAUGCAUUUCCUGCAAAUGCAACGUGGCCGGUUCAGACAGCCAGACCUGUGAUGCAGACCAAGAUGUGUGCGCCUGUGCAGACAGGACUGGACAAUGCAGCUGCAAGGUGAAUAUACAGGGUCUGAAGUGUGACCAGUGUAAGACGAGGACUUUCGGCCUGAGCACAAGCAACCCACUAGGCUGCAGUCAGUGUUACUGCUUUGGUAUGUCCAGCACCUGUACUGAGGCACAGGGCCUCAUCCGCAUGUGGCUGUCCCUGAAACCAGAGCAGACCAAGCUGCCCCUAGUGGACAAAGCCAACCUGCAGGAGACCACAAGCGGAGUGACCUUCCAGCACCCAGAGAUCAUCGCUAACGCUGACCUGGUCUCCCAGAAGCUGACCGAACUCUACUACUGGAGACUGCCUGAACAAUUCCAUGGUUCCAUGAUCACAGCCUACGGCGGCAAGCUGAAGUACGCCAUCUACUUUGAGGGGCGUGACGAGGCAGGCCGCACCUCCUACGAACCCCAGGUCAUCAUAAAGGGAGGGCCCAACAGAGACAAGGUGAUGGUCCGCCACAUGCAGGGACUGCAGAUUGGACAACUCACCCGGCAUGAGAUCGACAUGACAGAGCACGAGUGGAAGUACGAAGACAAGAAGGCCAUGACACGCGAGGACUUCAUGGACGUGCUGUUUUAUGUUGACUACGUCCUCAUCAAGGCUUCCCAUGGGAACAUGAUGAGACACAGCAGGAUCUCUGAGAUUUCUAUGGAGGUGGCAGAGGAGGGAAGGCCGUCCGUGGAGAGUGAGCGGGCUCACCAGAUAGAGAAGUGUGACUGCCCCCUGGGCUACUCCGGCCUGUCCUGCGAGGAAUGUGGGGCCGGGUUUUACCGCCUGUCUGCCCGCAGCGGUGGCGCAGCCUCCAGAGCAGGCAUCGGGAGCUGUGUGCAGUGCCAGUGCAACAGGCACAGUGAGGCCUGUGACCCAGAGACAUCCAUCUGCCAGAACUGCCAGCACAACACAGAGGGGGACAGGUGUGAACGCUGUGCCCCAGGAUACUAUGGUGUAGUGAGGGGCAGACCCGAUGACUGCAAGCCCUGUGCCUGCCCCCUCACCAACCAUGAGAACAAUUUCAGCCCUACCUGUGUAACAGAGGGAUUCAACGACUACCGCUGUACUGCCUGCCCUGAGGGCUAUGAGGGAAAGUACUGUGAGAGAUGUGCCACGGGUUACCACGGCGACCCCCGUGCCCCCGGCGGGAAGUGUGAGGAGUGUAAGUGUGACCCGUACGGGGCGUGGCCCCAACCGUGUGACCCCCGCUCAGGCCAGUGCCGCUGCCGACCCGGGGCCACUGGACGCACCUGCAGCCAGUGCAUGGAGAGGCAUGUGUGUGGGCCCUCUGGGAUUGUGUCCUGCGAUGAUGACUGUGCCGGGCUCCUCAUCAGAGAUAUGGAUAGACUGCAUCGUAUCAUCACCAGUGUCAACCUCACCACCCCUCUGCCACCGCCCUACAAAGUCCUCUACCGGUUUGAGAACAUGACGCAGGAACUCAAGCACAUGCUCUCGCCACAGAAUUCGCCGGAGAGGCGCCUGCAGCUGGCCGACAGUAACCUGGGCAGCCUGGUGACAGAGAUGGACGAUCUGCUGAGUCGGGCGACCAAAGUGUCGGCAGACGGCGAGCAAACAGGUGACGAUGCUAAUAGAAUCCACAAACGAGCUGAAGACCUGGAACUUUUCGUCAAGAACACCCUACUGGCUGCAGAAGUUCUGAAGGUCAAGGCUUCAGAGCUGAAUGAGACUCUGGGCAGGAGGAACGGAGCUCCAGAGAAGAGCCUAAACGAGAUGCACCAGGAGAUCGAGACCAUGUUAGCCGAGCUCCGCAAACGCCAGCUGGGAGGCAAGAAGCACAUCUCAGAGGAGGAGCUGGGACUGGCGGAGGCCCUGUACCAGAAGGUGAAGCGUCUCUUCGGGGACCCCCACCAGGCCACGGAGGACCUGAAGGCAGAGGUGACAGAGAAGAUGGGUGACCACCGGGCCAAGCUGGAUGACGCCCAGGCCCUGCUGAAGGACGCCCAGGGGAAGAGCAGGGAGGCUGGGGCCCUGUCCGGACAGAACCAGCGGAACCUCACCACCCUGGAAAGGAAGAGGGAUGCUGUGAGCUCAGUGAAGAAAGGAACUGAAGACGUGCUGGCAGACGGAGAGCGCAUUCUGGCUGAAGCUAACGGUCUCUCAGACAGCAUCAAUAAGGAGAUUGAGGAUCUGGAGGAGAUGGAGCAUGAGCUGGGUCCUCUCCAUGAGCAGCUGGACUACAGAGUGAGCCAUCUGACCCAGGGCCUGAGUGGCAACACCCUGACUGACCUGCUGCAGGACGCUGAGAACCACGCUGCUGAGCUCAACGAGUCCUCAAACAUACUGGACCGCAUCCUGGCUGAAGCCAAGAACCUGUCCUUUAAUGCCACGGCAGCGUUCAAUGCGUACAGCAACAUCAAGGACUUCAUCGAGGAGGCUGACAAAGAGGCAAAGCAGGCCAGGGCACGUGGGACAGAGGCCCUUCAGCUGGCAUCAGGACCCAAAGGCUCUUUGAAGGAUAAUGCCAAGAACUCUGUUCGGAAGAGCGUUCAACUGUGGAACGAAGCCAGGCAGUUAGAGAACGAUGUGAAAGAGAACGCUGAGAGUGUGGGCAGUCUCCAGGCCAGGGUGAAAGCUGGUGGCUUGAAGAACAAGGGCUUGCUCAAGGAUCUGGACGAUACGUUACGGAAGCUGAAUGCAAUCCCCAAUGAUACAGCAGCCAAGCUCCAGGCCACCAAGGCCAAGGCAGGAGAUGCCAACGACACAGCCAACGAUGUUCUGGCCAGACUGAGAGACAUGAACCUGAGCCUGAUGGGCCUGAAGAAGAACUACAGCAAGCUGGAGGAUGAUGUCAACAAGGCCAACAAUAUGAUCCAGGACCCUGAAAAAAACACAAUAAUCCAUGCAGCGGGGGCCAAGGUGAAAGACCUGGAGGACGAGGCAGACAGACUGCUGGAUAAGCUGAAGCCCAUCAAGGAGUUGCAGGACAACUUGAAGAAGAACAUCUCUCAGAUUAAAGAGUUGAUCAACCAGGCGCGCAAGCAGGCCAACUCUAUUAAAGUGUCCGUGUCCUCCGGGGGAGACUGUAUCCGUGCUUAUCGACCAGAAAUCAAGAAAGGUCGUUACAACACCAUCACUGUGAAUGUGAAAACCACCUCCCCUGAUAACCUACUCUUCUACCUGGGCAGUGUCAAAUACAUUGACUUCCUGGCCAUUGAGAUGCGUAAGGGCAAGGUCAACUUCCUAUGGGACGUGGGCUCUGGAGUGGGCAAGGUUGAGUACCCUGACAUGACUAUCAACGACGGCAACUGGCAUCGCAUCGAGGCCUCACGGAAUGGUAUCAAUGGCACUAUCUCUGUCCAUGCACUGGAGGGUCCCAAAGCUGGCAUCAUGCCCACCUCUAAGAGUGGCACUUCUCCUGAGGGCUAUACUAUCCUGGAUGUGGACCAGAAUGCCUACCUGUUUGUCGGUGGCAUGUUAGGCAGUGUGAAGAAAGCGGACGCGGUCAAAACCACUACUUUCUCCGGGUGUAUGGGAGAGACAUACCUGGACAACAAACCUAUUGGCCUGUGGAACUACAGAGAGAGAGAAGGAGACUGCAAAGGAUGUGUGGUUAGCCCCCAGCCGUCAGACACAGAGGGGACGGUACAGUUUGAUGGGGAGGGCUACGCUGCUGUGAGCCGGCCCACCAGAUGGAACCCCAACGUCUCCACCGUCAUGUUCAAGUUCCGCUCCUUCUCCACCGACUCCCUGCUCAUGUACUUUGCCACCAAGGAUAUGAAGGACUUUAUGAGUGCUGAGUUGAGUGAUGGUCUAGUGAAGGUGAGUUUUGACCUGGGCUCAGGCACCGGCUCGGUGUUCAGUAUCAAGAGACACAACGACGGCAGGUGGAAGUCCUUCACUAUGGCCCGCAUGAAGAAACAAGCCACGGUGACCAUCGUGGACAUAGACACCAAUGAAGAGGAGAAGCUGGUGGUGUCAUCCCAAGGCUCUGCCACCGGGCUCAACCUCAAGGAGGAGGAGAGGAUUUACUUUGGGGGUUUGCCAACCAUUGGAAACUACAGUAUCAAGUCAAGGUCAGAGGUUACCAAGAAGAAGUAUGCUGGCUGUAUGAGAGACAUUGAGGUUUCCAGAACACCCUAUAACCUGCUGAGCAGCUCCGACUACACCGGCCUGACCAAAGGCUGCUCUGUAGAGAACCUCCACACGGUGAGCUUCUCCAAGCCAGGUCACAUGGAGCUGAGGUCCAUGUCCUUCGACGUCGGCACAGAGAUCAGCCUGUCCUUCGCAACCAAGAGCGAUAAGGGUAUCAUCCUGUUUGGCAGUGGGAGCAGCAAUGGAGCCAGUUCCCAGUUCAAACUCCCCAAGAGGAGACGCAGGCAGUCUGGGGAACCCUUCCUGGCCGUGUUGCUGAACAAGGGGUCCCUGGAGGUGUUGGUGUUCACAGGCAGCCACAGCCCACGCAGGGUGGUCCGCAAGCCUGACCAGGGCAUCCUGCACGACGGGAGAGAACACACUCUGCGCAUCGAGAGACUGGGUGGCAGGUCGUUUGCCGUCCAGGUGGAUGAGGAGCUGAAGAGGGAGCAGGCCCUUCCCAACGACCAACCCAUGGGCAUCAAGAGACUGUUCAUCGGGGGUAUCCCCCCUGACGUAGAGCUCAGCUCCCAGAGACCCAACGACCCCUUCGAAGGCUGCAUCUGGAACCUCAUGAUUAAUACUAUCCUCACAGACUUCUCCCAGCCCGUGGCUUUUCAGAACGCAGAGAUCGGCCAGUGUCCCAACCUGGCUCCUCCCCCUCCCCCGCUGCCGCUCCCAGAAGAAGAGGAGGAGACCAAGGGAGAAGACGUGUCCCAGCCGCUCCAACCUGAGGCUCCUGCUGUACCAUCACCCACCCCGACACCCAGACAGACCCCUCCACCUCCCACUGACGCGCUCCCUGUCGUACCUCCAGAGCUCAGCCCCGCCACAGAGGAACCUGACCACGGUGCUGUCACAGUCCCACCGCUUCCCUGUGCUGCCGAGGCAUCUCCAGUGGUCUUAGAGAAAGCCAAACAGUUUGGGCUCUCCAAAAACAGCCAUGUUGCUUUUGAAUUCGACGACACUAAGGUUAAGAACAGACUGAUCAUAGAGUUUGAGCUGCGGACCACAGCAGAGUCCGGCCUGGUGUUCUACAUGGCGAGGAUCAACCAUGCCGACUUUGCCACCAUCCAGGUGAAGGAGGGCAUGGCCCACCUCGGCUACGACCUAGGCCACGGCAACACCUCAGUCAGCGUGCCACGCAUCAUCAACGACGGACACUGGCACAAGAUCCGGGUGACGAGAGAGAAACAGAGAGGUGUACUGGUGAUAGACAACCGCUACACCAAGCACACCACCAGCCCCAAGAAGGCUGACAUCCUGGAUGUGGUUGGCAUGCUGUACAUAGGUGGCCUGCCCGUCAACUACACCACCAAGAGGAUCGGACCAGUCUUGUACAGUAUCAAUGGCUGCAUCAGGAAUUUCAAGAUGCUGGGUAAUGUGUUGGACAUGGACGCGCCCACCUCCAGCCACCACGUGGGCAGCUGUUUCAUCAGCACUGAGAAGGGAACCUACUUUGAUGGCUCUGGAUAUGUCAAAGCAGUGGGUUCCUACAGGGUGGGUCUGGACGUGUCUCUGGAGCUGGAGUUCCGUACGUCCCAGAGCAACGGGGUUCUGCUGGCGGUCAGCAGCCAGGUGGACACCAAGAUGGAGGGCCUGGGCAUCGAACUGCACAACGGAAAGCUGCUGUUCCACGUGGACAACGGAGCGGGCCGGAUCACAGCGGAGUACCAGCCUGAAGUAGAGGCAGGCCUCUGUGACGGUCAGUGGCACUCGGUCACAGCCCACAAGCUUCGCCACAGGCUGGAGAUCAUAGUGGACGGCAGGAAGGAGGAAGCAGAGAGCCCCAACGCCAGGUCCAACACCGUUGACACCAACGACCCCAUCUACGUCGGUGGAUACCCAGAGGGGCUCAAGCAGUUUGGCCUGACUUCCAGCACUUCAUUCAAAGGCUGCAUGCGCAACCUGAAGAUAACCAAGGCAUCCAAGGUGUUGGAGGUUCAAUUCAACAAGGGCCUGGAGUUCAAGGGGGUUCAACCCCUCACUUGCCCAGCCAAUGCAGCCUAAACACGGACUAGCAAAGCCUGUCACUGCCUGAAGCAGAGCAGCAGCACCAAAACACAUGGAAACACUCUCCCUCAUGCUGAAUCAGAUGGCCAACCAGCUUUAUACCCAGAGUUUGGAUAGCUUUUUUAGAGUGUGAAGUAUCUCGACCCCCUCCAAAGUGAGUGGAACCUGUAGGAUGACAUAGUAUACAACCAUGAUUCAUUUAGAGAACUAUGGAUCACCUUCUGUUCUCCUGUAUGUCUUAAGCCCCCUGUCUAUGUAAACUACAUGUGAUGUAGCAUACCGUAUGCAUGGUGUGGUUGGAAUUUGUACUGUUUAACAGCAAGCAACAUUUUCAAAUAUAUGCUUUGAAGGCAUUCAAAUCAUUUUCUCGUCUUUAUUACAAUGUCAAACCAUGACUUUUAACUUACACUCGGGAUCUUGUGGAUUGCCACAUGUUGUCAUCUGAUUCAUUUCCCAUAGAUAAAUUUAGCAACAUUUCUUCCAACAAGAAACUGCCUUAGUCUGCCGCUCUGUCUAACCUUCUAGAAACAGAGAAACACUUACUAUCAAUCUGAACACACACACAUUUUAUUAUAAAUUAUUUUACAGUAGGCUAUGUCUAUUCUCUUUGCAGCAAACAUUGAACUGGACUCAAAUGGGAAGAAUUGUGAAAAUAAAAUGCUAAGCAACA